AUGGCCAGCUUGAGUUGUCGGGGAGCCCUGCUGACCUCUCUCCUCCUCCUGUACCCACUCCUCUGUGCUGCCUGCCCAGCUGUUUGCAGCUGCUCCUCAGGGGAAGUGGACUGCCGUGACCGUGCCUUGCACUUUGUGCCCAGUGGCCUGCCCACCAAUGCCAGCGCAGUGCUACUGGGUUAUAACCGCAUCGCCAGGCUCAAGGCUCACACCUUCCUGCAGCAGGGGUCCUUGCUGUACCUCAGUCUGCAUGGCAAUGUGCUGGUGAGCAUCCACAGCCAGGCGCUUGCAGGGCUUUGGGCACUGCAGGAGCUGGACCUGAGCAACAACUUCCUCGUGGUGCUCACAGCAGAAACCUUCCUGCCACUGCCCAGCCUCACAACACUCAAUGUGGGCAGCAACCAGCUGGCCCAGCUGGCCCCAGAUGUGCCGCGCACCUUGCCCCAACUCCAGGCUCUGUUUCUGCACAACAAUGCUCUACGGUCCCUGGACACUGGCUUCUUUGAGAACCUGCCUGCUGUACGCUUGCUGACACUUGGGGGCAACCCCUGGGCAUGCAGCUGUUCCAUCUGGCCCCUCUUCCUCUGGCUCACCCACAACAGGGACAAGAUCCAAGAGGAGAAUCUGACCGUGUGCCGAUUCCCAGAGCUGCUCAACCAGUUUCCCAUUGCAGCCCUUGACAAUGCCUCCUUCAGCCACUGCCAGGAGAGCCCACUGCAUCCACACGACUAUGCUUUCUUCCUGCUCAUUGGCCCAGCCUCCUUCCUAGGCAGCAUCAUCAUCUGCAUCCUAACUGGCUGCCUGGUUGUGGCGUGCAACAAGCUGAGCAAAGACCCUUACCCUCGGCAAAGAGCCCCACGACCCAGGAUGACACUGCCCCAGCAGUAA